UGCGCACUUGCAAAAGCCCAAUCAGCCCGAAAAGUUGUAACAGGAAGUGACUUCCAGGGACGAAAAGAGGUAGUGGCCUCUUCACUAAUCUCGCUUUCCGCAUGUAAACUUUCGCAGCUGUAUCAUACUACGCUCGGUCCGGUACAUGAAUUAUGUACUUCGACCAAGGGCUGGAUCGUGAACUCAUGACUGGUGUCUUGUGCAAGCGUGCGCAAGGCAAAGGCAAAGUUCUCACUACCAUAAACUGGAAAGAUCGGUGCUUCGUUCUCACACCUAAAGCUCUUAGCUACUAUGAGGGCACUGUGGAGAAGCGAGGUCGCUGUAAGGGAACCAUUGAGUUGACAGAUGUGAAGGCUGUAGAAAAUGUCAACUUUGAGGCAUUUGAAAAACAAUUUGCAUUUCAGGUUGUCCAUGGUGAAUAUACUUUGUACAUUGUUUGCAAGUAUGAAAGUGAAAGACAGAAAUGGAUAGAAGCCAUACGUGAUGAAGUCAGAGAAAAUAAAUUUCUUCUAAUGGAAUAUCACCCUGGAGUAUUCAUGAGUAAGUGGUCCUGCUGUGAGGCCAAGGAAAAGAUCGCCAAUGGUUGCCAAGAGACGUUUAUAAACAGAGAGAAAAAAGUAACCCAAGGGAAUGUCUUAAAAGACAAAACCUGGAUUGCAAACCAACCACUACCACCACUACCGACAGAUCAGCCAUCAGAGAAUAGCGCUCCAAAGCCAUUUGAGGGUGAAAAAUACGAGGAGAUAGUUGUAGCAAUGUAUGAAUUCCAAAGCACUGAACCUGGAGAUCUAUCCUUAAUCAAGGGAGAGCUAUUCGCUGUCAUAGAGAAAUCCGGCGAGCACUGGUGGUUAGCUAAAAACAUUCGCGGACAGCAGGGUUAUAUUCCUAGUAACUAUGUGCGCAAGCAAGGCCUUGAGAGCGAAAGUUGGUUUCAACCCGAAAUGUCUCGACAGAUGACCGAAGAUGCACUUCGAGAAGAGGGGAAGGAGGGAUGCUUUGUUGUGCGCAAGUCAAGCAGAGAAGGAAUGUACACGCUAUCAGUGCUACACAAUGAUAACGUGCGACACUACCACAUCAAGAUAGACCAAGACAACCUUUACUACAUCUCCGACCGCCACCGCUUUGACAGCGUGCCCAAGCUUAUUCACUAUCACAAGCACAAUAGCGGGGGCCUGGUAACGAGACUUCGUCAGCCGCCUUCAUUUGGUCAGAAGCCCUCCACUGCAGGCUUUGGUCAUGACAAAUGGGAAAUGGACCGCUCCGAGCUCACUCUCGGUCGCGAACUUGGCGCUGGACAGUUUGGGUGUGUCCGCGAAGGCAUGUGGCGAGGUACCAUACCAGUGGCAGUGAAGAUGAUGAAGGAUGGUGCAAUGUCUGAAGAAGACUUUAUCGAGGAAGCCAAGGUUAUGAAACAGUUCCAGCACGGAAACCUGGUGCAGCUAUACGGGAUAUGUAGCGAGAAGCCCAUCUACAUCAUCCAAGAGUUAAUGAAAGGGGGCUGUCUGUUACACUAUUUACGUAAGAGCCAGUUCAAGCUUCAGUCGGCUGAGAUGACGGAAAUGGUUCGACAAGUCGCUGCGGCCAUGAAGUACCUGGAGAGCCACAACUUCAUCCACAGGGACCUGGCGGCGAGGAACUGCCUCAUAGGAGAAAACAGGACCGUAAAAGUUGCUGAUUUCGGACUAGCCAGGUAUGUGAUUGACGACGAGUACACGGCGUCGGAGGGCACAAAGUUCCCCAUCAAGUGGGCAGCGCCCGAAGUAAUCCUCUAUAGCAAAUUUAGCAGCAAGUCUGACGUCUGGGCCUUUGGGAUUCUAGCAUGGGAGGUCUACACGGGUGGCAAGCAGCCUUACCCUGCCACCAAUAACACGGACGUUGUGCAAAUGGUGAUAAAUGGUUAUCGCUUGGAGAAACCCCUUCGAUGCCCUGACGCCGCUUACUCCACGAUGCGCAAAUGCUGGCACGAGGAACACGAGUCGCGGCCUUCAUUCGCAUCUAUUGACAGAUGGUUCUCGGAUUUGGUGGGAGAAGAUUACGACGAGACAGAUGAAUAACGAUGAGCCAAUAGAAUAAUUACAAUCAAUUGAACAAUUAUCGCCAAUUAUCAUAACAGUAAACCAAAGAAACCAGCUUCACGUCUGGAACGUGUUAAUGCACACGACAGGCGCACGCUUUGUAAAUGCGGGCGUACAUUCAAUAUAUGGAUAAGAAACUAAUGCAUUUGGGUGCUACCUCCUCGGGUUUCGCCAUUCUUACGUUACUUGGGGGAUUGGGUCGAGUGGAAAAGCGCACAGCAUGCUGGGACGAUUUUAGGGGACGUUAUUCAACAGUGUAGUAAACAUGCCGAUGUGAUAGUGAAUAAAAGCUAGACAAUGGUAGCUUUUGGCAAUUCUGCUCCCGGAAUAUCUUCGUUAGUUAGAUUCAUAACAUCAGCAUUGGCAACGUUCUACGCCAUGUUAAUUACGUCAGUUAAAAUCGUCCUAACAUGCUGUCCUACCCAAAAA